AUGAGGGCCAAACGUUCUAAGAAGUAUCGCAAGCUUAUGCACCAGUAUGAGCUUACUUUCGGUUUCCGUGAGCCAUACCAGGUUCUUGUGGACUCGAACUUCCUCCAUGCGGUGGACUCUUUUAAGAUGGAAUUAAUUCCAGCACUUGAGCGGACUCUUCAAGGCAAACCCAAGCCAUUGUUGACCAAGUGCUCGCUCGCUGCCAUCAUGGCCGCACAACCAAUUAAUCCCAAGACUAAGCAGCCAUACCGCCCGAUGCAUCUUCCUCCUCCGACAGAACUACCACUCCGCCACUGCUCGCACAACCCAGAAUCCUCUCCAAUUGACGAGGUGGAAUGUCUGCUCUCGCUGCUUUCACCCAACUCAAGCAAAAAGGAAAACAAGGAGCAUUACAUUCUAGCCACAGCUGAACCACCUAUAUCCAAGAAGAACAACGACAACCGCGAAGGACAGAAACAGCGCAAGUGGAAAACUGAGACCGAAAAAGCGGAAGAUCAGGCUCUGCGCCGAUCUCAAGAACUACGUUUCAAGGCCCGCUCUAUUCCAGGUGUACCGAUCAUCUAUGUGAAGCGGUCGGUUAUGGUCCUCGAGCCACUGAGCACACAGUCCGAUACUGUUCGCGACGAUGUUGAGCGAGGAAAAUUCCGUGCUGGAUUGGACCCUGAGUCCGCGACUGGCAAACGUAAGAGAGAAGAAGAUGAGGGAGCUGAGAAGCCCAAACAAAUUAGCGGGCUCAAGAAGGCCAAGGGGCCGAAUCCGCUUAGUAUGAAAAAGGCCAAGAAGAGUUCAGUUCCUGCUUCUACGGCCAAGAAAGAUAAGCCCCAAGACCAGAAGGAUGAUAUUGAGAAGCGCGAUGAGGAUGAGUCUGGCGCAGCCAAAACUAAGCGCCGAAGGCGUCAUAACAAGGGUGGUGCCCGCGAAGAAGGCGCAGGCGAGGCCAUAGAAGUGGAUGCUUAA